AUGUGCGUCCCCGCCCCGCCGCUAUCGCGGCUCAGCGGGCGCGGGCCUCCACGCCAAAAAAAAGACCGAAAGAGCCGCGACAAGGCGCGUCAGUGGCGAGCCAAACAGGGGUGCACGUGUAUGCCCAUCGCUUACCCAUCCUCCCCUCCCGCCGCCGUGGUCGCCGUUUCUGAACACAUCCAGAAAUUUUUGAAUUUCCCGCACGGGUGGGGACUAUAG